GUCCUCAGGUUUGGCCAUGAUCAUGGCCAAGGUCAGGGCCUUCUUCGAGAACUUCUGGAACACAAUCCUGACCAAGCACCAAGAGGGCAUCUAUAACACCAUUUGCCUGGGUGUCAUUCUGGCCCUGCCGCUGCUCGUGGUCCUCACACUGCUCUUCAUCUGCUGCCACUGCUGCUGGAGCAAGGCCGCCAGGAGUGGCCGACAGCCUGAGCGCAAUCAGAAGAAGAAGAGGAAGAAGAAGAAGGCUGAGGAAGACCUCUGGAUCUCUGCGCAGCCCAAGCUCCUACAUCUGGAGAAGCGGCCAUCACUGCCCGUCUAGUGAG